AAUUCUAGGGUUUUGUUCGUGUUAGGGAUGCAUUUAAAUCCUUGCUCAAAGUCGAUGCUCAAAAGCCGCUUCCAGCUCAAACGACAGAGAGAACCAGAGUUUUCUGCAACUAGGUGCUGAGGUAAGUCAUAAUGAAGCAUAACAAUGUUAUUCCCAAUGGGCAUUUCAAGAAGCAUUGGCAGAACUAUGUCAAGACUUGGUUCAACCAACCUGCUAGAAAGACCCGGAGACGUGUUGCCCGUCAAAAGAAGGCUGUGAAGAUCUUUCCUCGUCCCACAGCUGGACCUCUUCGUCCAAUUGUUCAUGGAAUGACUUUGAAGUAUAAUAUGAAAUUGAAGGCUGGUAGAGGGUUCACUCUUGAAGAACUCAAGGCUGCUGGUAUUCCAAGGAAACUUGCCCCUACCAUUGGAAUAGCUGUUGAUCACAGAAGGAAGAACCGCUCUUUGGAGGGACUACAAACCAAUGUUCAGAGGUUGAAGACCUACAAGGCCAAAUUGGUCGUCUUCCCAAGACGUGCUCGCAAGUCCAAGGCUGGUGAUUCUUCUGCUGAGGAGCUGGCAACAGCAACCCAAGUCCAAGGGCUAUACAUGCCAAUUGUACGUGAGCAACCAUCUGUGGAGCUUGUCAAGGUAACCGAUGAAAUGAAGUCAUUCAAGGCAUACGAUAAGUUGCGUAUUGAGAGGACAAACCAGCGCCAUGUUGGUGUGAGAUUGAAGAGGGCUGCCGAGGCAGAGAAAGAAGAAAAGAAGUAGGGAUUUUGAGACAUUUAAUCAGCAUUUUCAAGGUGUUGAUACAGCACUGUCCUUUUGAAUUUCUGCUUGAUAUUGUUUACUGGAAUUUUGGCAAGUUAGCAGUUUUAGCCUUUUUAACGUUGGAUGGGUUUGAGUAUUUAACGUUAUAUACUAUGAUGUCGGACUUGUUGCCAGUUUUGUUUUUGAAUAGUACUCUGUUUAAUCGACGGGCACGAUGAUGUUGAUCUA